UGUAUACCCAGCGCUAGCCAUAUGCGCCCCGCACCGCACCACUCUGGAUAUCUGGGAAUAAAAACCAACUUCCCCUGUGCUGUGGCAACCUCUGCAAAAAACACGGGGCAGAUCACGGAGGAGAUUACCCUGAGUGCUGCUGCUGCCCCGAGGAUCGUCCGGCCACCACAACACACACAGAGGACAAAAAGCAGAGACCGGGAAGGACGCGCACUGUUGGGAGGAAGAGGUGAAACCUCAGGAGGAGCCCCGACCCCAAGCCCUCGUCCUCGGAGGAAGUGCACUUGAGCGCCCCUGCUGUCUGUGAUGCCCUCCCAUGACGCCCAGGUCGGUAGCUGACACUGCCAGUGAGCGGGAGACGCCACUGCACAACCGGUCCUGGGCCCACGCCGUCAGCCGGUUCUCGCCCUCCCUCUCACACGCUGGAGACUCCAACUCCACUCACCCACAAGGAUCCACACUCAUCAGCUACAAUCCACCCCAGUAAGAUUCGCUUGAAAGCCGACGCCCUGACGUCCUCCACCACCAGCAGCAGCACCUGUCAGAAACCACAAUAUCGUCAAUACAAUCAGCAACACCAGCAACGCCAUAACCAGCUGCAGCCAUUAUGUCCAGUCGAAGAAAGUCCUCCACCCCUUGCAUGGUCCGGGUCGUCAACGACCUGCCUGAUGAGCAGGACGACCCGGAGGAGGUCAUGGACAUCCAAGCAUUGCCGGGCGACGUCGUGUCAGAACAGUCCGAAUCUGCAGAAAACAGCCAAGACUCACGGCCGGAGAAUCAAGUGGACCCAGACCAGCAGACAUUUCUAAAACCGGUGGAAGAAGGGAAAGGGGGGCGGUCUGGGAAAGGAGACCAAACCCCUGUCAUUGAAGAGGUCGUAGCCAGACUGGCAAAAGACAAGAAAGACAAAGAAUCUGACCAGGCGUGCCAGAAGAAGCAGCCGAGAGGCUACGAGUGCAAAUAUUGCCCAUUUUCAACACAGAACCUGAAUGACUUUAAGGAGCACGUGGACUGCAGCCACCCUAAUGUCAUUCUGAAUCCACUGUACCUCUGUGCUGUGUGCAACUUCAACACCAAGAAGUUUGACUCGCUCACAGAGCACAACGAGAGCCGGCACCCGGGCGAAACGAACUUCAAGUUCAAGAGACUAAAAAUGAACAAUCAGACUAUCUUAGAGCAGACAAUCGAAGGCAAAGACAAUUCAACUGAAUGCGAAAUGACAAAUGAACAAGGUGAAGGCAACAUCAGCCCUGUGUUUCCACCUUGCAUAUCUACCACGGUGAAAACCCCAGGUAACAUGCAGCCCCUCUAUGGAGGGUCUGCGCUAAAAAGCCAGCUGGACAGCCUGAUCCAGAAGGAUCAAAUCACAGCGCUGAACAUCAAUGGAACCGUCAUCAUACCUGAACCCACCAUCCUCCAAGGGCUCUCCCAUGUCUCCCCGAUGCUCCAGCGCCCACCCAACUUUAACUCUGUACCAAAAAUAGCUGUUCCCUUGAACACUACCAAAUAUAACCCUUCUUUAGAUGACAACCUGACAUUGAUCGCCUCUUUCAAUAAAUUCCCUUAUCCGACGCAUGCUGAGCUGUCGUGGCUGACAGCGGCCUCCAAGCACCCGGAGGAACAGAUCAAAGUUUGGUUCACCACCCAACGGCUGAAGCAAGGCAUCACCUGGUCCCCAGAGGAGGUGGAAGAAGCCAGGAAGAAAAUGUUCAACGGCUCCAUCCCCCCUGCCCAUCACACAUUCACCAGCAUGCCUACAAGCCCGGUUUCUCAGUCGUCCACCAAAGCCUCCAAGCAGCCCGUUGUCCACACGACAGUCAGACAUCCAUGUCACGUCCGGACAACUGCGUUCAACGGGUGUAGCGUCGUCACUACUACAAAAUCUGCCAUCGGAGUCCCAGCUGGUUCCAGCCACACCCUAAAACGAUCCCUGCCGACGCAUCUCACAUCAGUGUUCGGCCCGGAGUCCAAGCGGCCCAUUAUGGCAGUUGCUCCCCAUUCCGGCGACCCAAAAGACAAGGUCCUAAUGGCUCCCCCUCCUCCUCCUCCCCCCCAGAAAGACCGCUUCCCAAUGGCUCCACCUCCAGUACGCUCAGAGAUGAAGAGACCUGUAGCAGCUCCUUUGGUUAAUGCAGAAAUGAAGAGGCCAUCCGCUGCUGUGCCUUUACUACCGUCAUUGUCAUCGUUGUCGUCAUCUUCAUCAUCCAAAGGGAAACAUGUCACCGCAAUAGGAAAUCCCAAAACCAGGCCAAUGGUCUCUCUGCCCUCCAUUAUGUUUCCAGAGUCCUUAACGCGGCCAACAAUAGUUCCUCCACCCAUCCUUGCACCAUCAUUUAAAAACACGUUCCUUGUUCCCCGCAGCGGGCCCAUCAUUUCCAAAGAGAAACAUGCCAACACCCACACUUUGCCAGCUUCCGAUCUGAAUCUGCCCAGCUCUCCCCCACUCAUCAACUCACAGAUAAGGAGGCCAACCAUUAUCCAGUCCGUUCGCACUCCAGCUAAAGGCCCUUCCCAGAUUCAAGGGUUCCCUCUGGAUAGCAAGGCAUCAAAGGAGCAGCAAGGAUUGGAGGUGAAGGCCAGCUAUCCUGGAGGCGAUACGGUCGCCAGUCUUCUGGCGGAGGCCAAUGGGUCGCCAUUUCUGGAUGGUAAACGGUCCCAGGAUCAGACAUCCCACGCUCACAAUAAUGGAAUCAUACAUUUGGAUGUUGGAGAGACGCCAGCAGCCCAAAAACCAGAUUUUCAGCAAAAGACCUCGGUGCUGACCCAGUUCCCUUUGCUGGAAAGAAUGAAAGGAAAAACAGCAAAACAGCUCAAGAUCUUAGAGGAGAAUUUCUUGCGAAACAGCUUUCCUUCCCACGGCGAUGUAGACUACCUGGUAGCAGCUACUGGCCUGUCUCAUCAGGAAAUAGAGAGCUGGUUUGCGGAGCGCCGCGCACUCCGGGACAACCUCGAACAAGCCCUUCUCAACUCCAUGGGCACUAAGAGGAUGGGCAUCGGUGGUGUGGCUGGCCUAAGUGAAAAACAGCUACACCAGCAGCACCAGACUCAACAGAUGAAUGGGAUUCACAAAACAAGCACCAGUGUGGGCAGUCUUAAAAGCCCUCCCCAACCGCUGCACCCCCUCUCCAUCAAUGCUCCCAGCACCACUGCACCCUCCAUUCCCAACUCGAAUUCCUGCUCAGUGCCUCCGGACAGUCGAUCCCUGGCGCUCCUCAAGGACGAUUUUGCUCAAACGCAGUGGCCUUCCCUUGAGGAGUUCAGCCAACUGGAGGGUCAGAUGGGACUGGCUCGCUCUGAACUCAGUCGCUGGUUCACCGACACCCGGCUGCAGAGCGGCGGCAUGGAGUUGACAGAACUUUUUCACAAAAAUGGAUUGAACGGAGGCCAGGGUGGGAAACCUGUGAGCUCCCCAGAGAACACUCCAUCCAGCAUCAUCCAACGCUGCCAGGAAGCAGCCGUCAUCAACAACAAGAGUAAAGUGCUGGAGGUCGAUGUGGGCUGGCUCAUGGACCAGCGCUCCAACAGCCUCAACAGUCAACAGCACGCCGAGCUCCACAACCGGUUUGCUGGCAGACUGAGGCAGCAAAGUGCGGCCGAGCUGAAGAACGGCGGGCAGAACUGGGGGGUGAUGGGAGGAGCGCGCGAGGUGUUCGGGAGCUGGCUGGAGGACGGACACUUCCGGAGAGGACGGGAGCUGCUCCUGGACCGGGAGAGGAAGAUGGCGGAGGACGCGUCCGGCCGGCUGACUGGAUAACUGGAGGAAUCAGGACUGGCCUCCUCCGCCACUGCUGCUGCUGCUGGAACGUCCUUAAGGAAAGGAAAUGAAGAACGGAGCAACACAGAAAAGAACCUGCUUUCUUUUUUCUUUUUUUUUCCUUUUUUAAUUAGCAAAUAUCGUUUUUUUUUUUUCUUUUUUUUCGGUUUUUUUUUUUUUUCUUUUCCUAGUUUUUACCGAUUUUAAUGAUUGUCGCAUGCAAAGGUCCCGCAUAACAUCGUCCUCCGUCACGUCGGAGUUAAUCUGGUCCGGGUUCACGACCCCAGGGUUCCCCGGCGGAGACGUCACAUUCCCGACAACUAGGGGGGGCUUAAUUAAGACGGACCCUCGGAGGCGGCGGCUUUUAUUUCGUUGAGGGAGCGGGCCGGGCGCGCAUAUCCAAAAUCUGAAGAGCACAAAGGCAAAAAUCCAGUGUCGCCAUCCUAAUUGAAAACCCCCGGCUUUCCAGCGGAUCCCAGGCUUCUGCUCCAGUUCUCUGGGCGCGGCGGCGAGCGUUUGCAGCAGUAUUGUAAAGCAGGUCUUCUCCCCGCGUCCGCCCGCCCGAGCGAGGCCGAGGACACAAAAACACCGCAGGAGAUAAGGCGCACAAAUGAGAAGCUGAUUUAUGAGGCCAUAAAUAUGCAGGAGGGUUUUCAGUGUGUUAAAGUCCGAACUUGGGAUGGGAUUAUUUAUAGAGGCUCGCCGGGGACGUCUGCGGAGAGAACAAAAAUCCUCCAAAAUAGCGUCCUUUUAACAUUCUUCAGAUAGUUCUGGCCCAUUAAAACUGUAUUUACAUUAUCAAUCAAUCAUAAAUUAGCAUCAAUGCAUUUGUCUUCCUCAUCAAAAGUGAAAGUUACCACCAAGGCAGUAUUUUAUCUUCUAAAUGACUUCUUCUACAGGUAAAUUAAUCUUGAUGCUCUUCAGUAUAGUUGAGGUCUGUUAGAUGAAUUGAACAGUUUUCUCUCAAGAUUUUAACCCUGGAAGACCAGAAAGAAAUGUAUUGUAUCAUUUUGACGCACUAUGAUGUCUUUUCCACCAUCACAAGUGGUGUAAGAUUUAAUUUAAGGGUUUUUAAGUACACUGAGGGGAAUUUUAUAAGCAUAUAGACCGACUUGACCGCCGGUAAUACGGUACGUUUCCAUUCCCCGUUGCACAUUUGCACUUGAAAUGAAAAAAAAAACAAAACAAACACCAGCAGCUCAGAAACAAUUCCUUUAUCGCCACAAAACAUCCAAGUUUCUGAAUAAAAAAAUCAAUACUCGAGCGCUCGGCUAAAAGUUUGGAGAGCAGGUCUGAUAUUUGUGUGAAGGUUAAAGUUAAACCCCCUUCACUAACGAUCAGACCCAUUUGUUUUCCUCCAAACAUCCUCCUCCUCCUCCUCCGAAGGGAAGCCCGGCUCGCUCUCGUUAGCGCCCGAGUCUCCGGUAAUCACCGCGUCUUUACAUUCUCAACUAUUUCCACAACAGUAGACUUUAUUCCUUGAUCUUGCACUUUAACUGCGAGCCCCCUUCGUAAGCCCCUUAAAAUCCCACGACUCUCCGGUCUGGAGGAAGCAUGCGAGAGGGGGGGAUUAGCGGGUCGUGAACCCGACGGAUGGACGGACGGACCGGGAAAGACGUAGCCGCCGAGGUGAUGUUGUGCGUGACCUGCGUUGCCAUGGAGACGGGAGGAACUUAGUGGAGGGGAAGGUGAAACCGGAGCACUGAAUGUGUGCCUGCAGCAGCGGUCUGACUGUACCGACGGACAGACGGACGGACCGACAGACAGACAUGCGGACCGACAGACAGGGUGGAUCUAAAAACAAACAAACAAACGAGAAAAAAACACAAAAAAAAUCUACAAAAAAAAAAAAAAGAACAACAAAAACGCCGAGUGCCAAAGCUGGGAUCUGCUGCAUUCUCACUACACUUUUGAAAAAAAGGGUUGUUCUUCUUGUUCGAUGUAAAUAGGAUAUAUAUGUUUGUUUGUUUUAGUUUUCCUGUAUUGAUACAGAUUUGUAAAAUUUUGCGGAAAGUUUGUUACAUUUUGUAAAAUGGGAGCAACUCCCCCCUCCCCCCGAAACUCCUUUUUUCUUCCUUUUUUUUUCUUUUUUUAAAAAAGGAAGAAAAAAAAACCCUCUCGGUUUCGCUCGGCUCUUUUACAGUUUCAUCUUUUGUUUGUUUGUUUGUUUUGCGUUGACAGACUUUUGAGCAAACAUGGUGCACGCAGCUUUUUUUUUUGUUGUGGGGGGGUUCUCUUCCCAUCUAUCCUUCGCCUAAUUUUUUUUUUUUUUUUUUGAAAGGGGGGGGGGUUUGUACUUUACCAGAGUGGAACCACUACAGAAACGAAGGAAGGAAAAAAAAAGAAAGACGAGUUGGCAGCACUUCAGUCGCUUGAUCUUCGUCUAACCGGCACUGGAC